AUGAUAAGAAAUUUAACAAAAUUAACAAAAUUUACAAUUGGAAAUAGAUUUUACCAAUCCUCAUCAAAAGGAAGAUUCAGUGGUAAAAAUGGAAACAAUGCAUUCAAAUCAAUUGUUGGUGUAUCAGUUGGUGUAUCAGCAUUAUUUGCUGGUUGUGUAUUUUUAGAUCAAGAAAAAGAACCAGAAUCAACUCCAUCAAUUGAUGUCAAAGAAAAAAAAUCACAACCACCAAAAACCAAAGAAGAUUAUCAAAAGAAGAUGGAUGAAGAAUAUGAUAUUGAACAAUUUAAAUAUGUAAUCAUUGGUGGUGGAACAGCAGCUUACCAUGCAAUUGAUAAAAUCUUAGAGAAUGAUAAAGAAGCAACUAUCCUUUUAAUUUCAAAAGAGUAUGAAGUUCCAUAUCAAAGACCACCAUUAACAAAAUCACUUUGGGCUACUAAAGAUGAUAAUGUUGUAAAUACUUUAAAUUUCUCUGAUUGGUCUGGUAAAAAACAAAAUUUAUUAUAUGAACAAGAAUCAGCAUAUGGUAAUGAAAUUUUACAAUUUAUUAGAACUAAAAAAGUUAUUGAUUUACAUAUUGAUGAAAAAUUAGUAUUAUUAAAUGAUGGUAAAUUAAUUCGUUAUGACAAAUGUUUAAUUGCAACAGGUGGUGAACCACGUCAAUUAAAAUUCACAUCAACCAAUGAUAAAAAGAUUUCAACCUAUAGAACCGUUGAAGAUUUUAGAAAACUUUAUGAAGUUGUAAAGGAUGGUGGUAAACAUGUCACCGUUUUAGGUGGUGGUUUCUUAGGUAGUGAAUUAACUUGUGCAAUCAAUUCAAACUUUCAAGAUAAAAACAUUAAAAUCGAUCAAAUUUUCCCAGAAUCUGGUGUAUUAAGUACUUUAUUCCCAGACUAUCUUAGUAAAUAUGCAACUGAAGAAAUCAUUAAGAGUGGUGUUAAUGUUCACACUGGUACUUUAAUUAAAGAUGUAGUCGAUAACUCUGAAAAUGGUAGAUUAACUGUCACUUUAAACAAUGGUAAAACCUUUGAAACUGAUCAUGUUGUUGUUGCCGCCGGUAUCAUUCCAAAUACAAAUGUAGUUAAAAGUACAACAUUAGAAAUAGAUCCAAUAAAUGGUGGUUAUGUCGUCAAUCCAGAACUUCAAGCUCGUACCGAUCUAUAUGUCGCUGGUGAUGUCGCAUCCUAUUAUGAUUUCAGUUUAGGUGUACGUCGUCGUGUUGAACAUCAUGACCAUGCACGUGCCACUGGUGAAAUGGCUGGUUCAAAUAUGUCAACUAAGGAUACACCAGCUCCAUACACAUAUCAACCAUUCUUUUGGUCAGAUUUAACACCAGGUGUUGGUUUUGAAGCUGUUGGUAAUACUAGCUCAAAAUUAAAAACAUUUUCAGUUUGGGAGAAGCCAUCCUCUGAUGAAACUAAACAAUCCUACACCAAAGGUAACAUCUAUUACUUGAAUGAUAACAAUAAUGUCGUUGGUGUCUUAUGUUAUGGUAACUAUGGUAAAAUGGAUACUGCUCGUGACCUCAUCUUAAAACGUAGAACUAUCGAAGAUUUAAAUCAAUUACAACAUGCUAUCGAUUUCGAUGAACAUCAUUAA